UCACUGACAAAAAUUUUAAAAGUUCGCUCUCUUUGCAGUGGUUUGGGCUGGAAACAAGCUGUAAGAGCAAAUAAGCCCCCAAAGUGAAGCACAACACUGCCUACAGAUCGUAGAUGAGAUCGCUGUGAGGUUGCUUUCUGUAGAGGAUUUCAGCUGCAUGCUUCCAAAUUCCUGAAAAUGCUACAGCGGUGGCUUAUAAGUGCAUGCUGCCGUAUGAGUGCUCUGUGCCAGGGCGAUCGCGACCACAGCAUUUAUUUUGCCUUUUUGUACAGCCAUUUCCGUGGAUAAAAUCGCAUUUAUUAUUAUUUUCUGUUAAAAACAUUUAAUUUAUACCCAGAGAGAUAACCAACUACUUGCAAGUUAGUAUUAGUAAAUGCCUACACAUGUCAUCUAUCGCAUUUCAGGCUGGAAAAUAAACCGUUAAACCAGAGAAAAUGCUGAGUUGUCUUAGAAUCUUUAUCGCAACAGAAUGGAUCAAGGCUGGCAGAGUCCGCAUUGCAACGAAGGCUGUAAGGAAACGUUAACUACGUCACAUAACAGCUGUUUUAGAAUGUCAUUGCGUCACCUGGAUCAUUUUUGCUGCCCGGAUAAAAAUUGGCGUGGCAGUUCCACUAGGGAGCGGCUGAGUCACGUGCGACACCUAGUGGUAUAAUUCGGUAUUACCGGUCCGGUCCGGCAUUUGGCUUAAUAUCGAACCGGUUUGAAAAUUUCUACAUCGGCCCAACCCUAGCAACAGCUAGAUGUCUCGUUAAGCUUCUAAUUCCUAGAACUAAGUGCGCAAAUUUAAGGUUGGAAUAAAAAUUUACAGGAUGUUAACUCGGCAGGAUGAGGUUUGGGCAUCCCUGUUAUAGAUUACUUAAUGCAGGACAGCCCAACCCUGUUCCUGGAGAUCUACUGUCCUGUUGAGAUUCACUCCGACCCUAAUAAAACACAACGUAUUCAACAGCGAGAGCUUGUUGAGCUGCUAAUUAGUAGAACCAAGGGUGCCAAAUUAGGGUUGAAAUGAAAACCUACAGCAUGGCAGAAUUCCAGGAACAGGGUCGGGCAGCCCUGCUUUACACUAACAGUAGCCUACUAAACCAAAAUGGGUUGCACAAACAUACAAACUAGCUUUUACACGGAAUAGUAAGCUACUAAACGCUACAAGUACCCCUAAGUAGGAGUAAAUAAAACAAAACCAUGGACCAUUUUGUUUGAAGGAGGCUAGCUAAACAACCAUAAUCGUUAUUUUGAAAUUUUGUAGCCAUUCGGUUGUCACGAGGAGACAUUCAAAUUAAUUGUAACCGCUAGUCGAAACCUUCUCCAAAAAAGUUUUACUUCAUGUGGGCUACAUUCCAUGUGUUUCCAUGCAGUUUCAUAAUUUUAAAAGCAUGUUCAAAAUCUACUAACUACAGGCAUACCCAUAAUGGCUCUAAAAACCAAAACGGCGCUAAAAUUAUUUCACAAACGUUAUCACAAACUUACAUAUAACCAGUGCAACACAGUCCAGGGCAGGUACAGAAUGACAGCAGGGGAGGCCAUUUAUUUAAUGUUGUGGUCAGACGUUUUACCAUAGUUGAGACAAGACUGCUUUUUUGAAAAUCCAUCCACGCAUAAGGCAUUUAGAUUCGCUUUGUUAUGGCUAGAACUACUCUUUCGUCUCACCUUCACGUAGCUAGUACCAUAGACUGUAGCCGACAUAAAAAUGUUACCGCCAAAACUAAGAGCUGCACACCCGAUCAUCACAUAGUAAAAAGACACGUGACAACAAGACGCAUAUCUCCCAGCAACCUCUCUGCAUAUCUGAAAAGACAAGACUUCUGCCAAAAUAAAGUACCACAAAUAUAAAUUACGUUUUUGCAAUACAUUUGCUAUUAUGAAAUUAAAAAGUUCUUUACCAUGAAUGUGAUUUUUUAAAGAAAGGGUAGGCUAUAUAAAACACAAAUGAUUUGUAUAUGUAGUCGUUCAUACGUCAUGCGCCAAAUCCACGCUUGGCUGAGACAGGUAGUUUACAAACUCCAUACCUUUUCGAUUCAAUAGCCUAAUGGGCAAAAACACAUUUCUCUACAGUGCAGCAGUACAGUGGAAUAAUCUGCCCACAAAUCUGAAAUAGAGUGUUCAACAGAGCACGUUUAAAGUUGGCCUUAAAGAAAUCGUCACAAAGUACCAUGUAGCAAUUUCAAUUUUAACCUUUAUGACCAAGAAAGAAUGAGCAUGUUCACAUAGCUGCCCCACCGCCUGCUAAUUAUACGUUGAUUGUAUUGUCUUCGCUUGCAUUCUUGUUUUUAUCAGGUAGUGUGUUAAGUGUUAUACCCUACUAGAGGACCACAACGGAAAUAAGCCUUCGGGCUUUAUUGAGUUUUCAUCCUCUGUGAUUUUUAAUGUAGGCUAUGUAAUGACUGCAGUGCAAUGUUUUUUUAAUAAUCAAAUUCAUUCACCCUCCCCUGUACAGUGCUUUGUGUUGGCCAGUGGAAAGGUUUGAGCACCUCUAGUAGGAAUAUUUCAUAUUACCUUUUUUUUCCCCCACAGACGCAACGAGAAAGAACCCCGAGUCAAGGGCCGCCACGUAGAGGGCUACAUAAUUCGCUGGCUGAAUUACUCAAGCGACCGAGGAGGUGGACGAAGGAAUAGGGAGCUUUGUCGUAAUCAGAAUAAAUAAAUAAAUAUUAAUCAACUUAACCAGCAGAUAUAAUAAACAUUGUUAUUUCAUCUUUCUUAUUGUCAUUAUUGGUAUUAUAGUUUCUUAACAAUACACAAAUACAUUUCUUGAUGCUUACUCUUGACUGCGGUUUCCUGUUGCAAUUUCAUAGGCGAAGACAGUUAAGAUAUAAGCAGAAUCACUUUCCCCCGAUGUUAAGUACGAGCAGUGUGAAAUCGGAUAGUCUACUUAAGCUAGUAAACCUACAUAAAAUCUUAGUGAGAUAUUUACAUCAAUCAUCAAUGGCAUCUGUAUAUAAAGAGGUUUAUUAUUGUGUUUUGUUAAGGGCAGUUAGGGUGAUAUUCAGCUUUAAUGAAAAAGCAAUAGACUACCAAUAUAACAGACCUAAUUCUAGAACUCUAAAAUUAGCCAAUCACAACCAAGAAAAAUCGUGUGGCUGUGAGUCGUUUGCCAGAGCCGGGCCAGACGUCAUAACGGCUCUGGCCCGACUGCAGAAACCAACUAUAGGCCGGUUGUGCGACGAGUCGGUGAACAGAUCAGGCCCAGUGUAGAACCGGCUCUCCUUGGCUAUCUGGGAAGAAACAUUGUGAAGGAAUUCACACAGAAGAAUGCAAGGAGGAAAGGGCGUUUUGGUCAUUGUUAAAGAUACCUUGAUAAAGAGGGAGCUGUCUUUUGUCAAUUUUUGGACUUAGUUCCACUGCCUGAUGGGAAGGCCAACACAAUCGUGACUGCCAUCCAUGACAUCACCGAUCGGAAGGGCAUUCCCCAGGUCAAGAUAUCAGGUCUUGGGACAGAUGGUGCAGCAGUGAUGACAGGAUGCCAAAAUGGAGUGGCAAAACAACUCUGUGACACCAUGCCAUGGCUAGUUACAGUGCACUGUGCUGCCCACUGUUUGGCCCUGGUCUGUAAAAAUGCUUCAGAGACAACACCGUACAUGAACACCUUCAAGGACCACCUGCAGCAACUCCACCUGUACUUUAGAAACAGCGUCAAUAGAACAGCAGUCCUGAAGGCAGCAGCCACAACCCUGGGCAUCUGUGAUCUGAAGGUGAAGGAGGUCAAAGACAGUUUCUCAGCACCAGGCAGUAGCCAAUCUGUGCAGGAAUCUCCAUGCAGUACUAACGGCCCUGGCAGAGGAGGUGGAGCACAACGAGUGCCCUGUGGCAAAAGGUGCCAGUCACAAUAUCCAUAUCUAGAACACCUAACAGAUCAGCAAAAUGAACGGUUCCAUCAACUGCACAUCAUGGGUGCAUUCAGUGUCCUGGGUCCACAAGCAGCCAGGAACCCAGAUCAAGAUGUUCCUGUGAGUCACCUGAAGACCCUUGCUGCCAAGUUCCCCCCCAUGGUUGAGGAGGCACUUUUGGAGGAAUGGCCUUCAUUUAAAGAACAUCUUCUGACUGGUGUGGUGAAGGACAAGACUCAGUUAGCUGUCAUGAGGGAGCUGGCAUUACAGUAUGAUGAGCUUGUUCAGCUCUAUCCCUGCCUGAGCAAGCUCACUGCCAUUGCGCUCACCGUUCCUGUGGGAAGUGUGAACUGUGAACGUGAUUUCUCCACCAUGAACAGCGUACCAGAUUACAACUCACACAACUCAUGAUUGCUUUUAUAAAUCUAUCCAUAAAUUUACGAAUUUACUAAUAAAGACAAAUCUUUUGGUAGGUGAAAACAGACCUCAGGAACAGGCUGCAAGGAGAGUACUUGGGGGCCUGCAUGAAGACUUGGGGGCCUCCUGUGGCAAAAUUUCCAUAUCAUGAUGCCAUGGUGAAAUUUUUCUCAAAGCCAAGGAAGAUAAAGUGCAGCAAUGAAUCAUGCACACUGUGUUCAUGAUGUCCUAAUGUUUUGCAAAGGUCAUAGGUUACACAGCUUAUUUUUAUGCAAUAAAUGCAGCUUAUUAAGUCAUCCUCUCCUUGUGAUCACUUUGUUUUAAGUCUUGAAUAUACUGAGCGAACAAAUCUGAACGCGAAUAUAAAUUGCAGACCGCCUGCUACGUCAUCUGACUGGAACCAACUGCGCCAAUAUGCCAUCCCGCGCACCUCGUCUGUUUAGGGUUUUUUCGGUGCGUACCACCAGGCCUGAAAAAAAUUCUAGGGGAAACACUGAAUCAUUAUCACUGGGGAGAAAGGCAUCAUUGUUUGUGUGACUUUUGAUUUCGUUUCUAAGCUCCUCAGGAUGCUGGAAGUUUAACAUUUUAGGACACCUAAAUAUAUGAAAGCAUGAAUACAUAAUAACUGAGUAACGUGUAAAGCAAGUUUUUCUUCAAAAAUAAUGUGUAAUAAUACCUUCAAUGAGGUUAGACAAAGUAUCU